AUGAGUGUUUUACCAAAAGAGACUAUAAAGAUCAUAGCAGAAUGUGUAGGGAUAUCAAAUCUAAGUGAUGAAAUAUCAAAUCAAUUAGCUUCAGAUGUAGAAUAUAGAAUUAGAGAAAUUGUUCAAGAAUCAAUUAAAUUUAUGAAACAUUCAAAAAGAGAAUACCUAAGUACAGAUGAUAUAAAUGAUGCAUUAAAGUUAAGAAACAUAGAAGUAUUGUAUGGUUAUAGUAAUUGUGAACCACACAAGUUUUCAAAGGUUCAAAGUCCUACACAGGCAAUCUAUUAUAUACACGAUCGUGAAUUAAACUUUCAAGAUAUCAUCUCACAACCUCUACCAAAAUGUCCACGCGAACCAUCUAUUGCUGCUCAUUGGUUGGCAAUUGAAGGUGUUCAACCUUUGAUUCCUCAAAAUCCAUCUGCUGCUGUUAUUGCUGCUGCUCAUAAAGCAUCAUCUUCUUCUUCAUCUUCAUCCUCUUCAACAAACAAUUCAAAUGAUCAAUCAACAAAGAAAAUGAAAUUAGAUGAUCAAUCUCAACCACAAUCACAACAACCAACAAAUACCGCCGAAUCAACAACAUUUACAGGAGAUACAGCCAUUGUUAAACCACAAGUUAAACAUGUACUUGCAAAAGAGAUGCAAAUGUUUUAUGAAAAGGUUGUUAGUUCAGUCAAUGAUUUACCCAAUCACACACUAUUUGAAGGUGUAGUAGAAUCGUUGAGAACCGAUUCUUCUCUCAAUCAACUAUUACCCUAUUUUACCAAUUUCAUAUCACUACAAGUUACACAGAAUCUCACCAAUCUCGAAUUACUAAUGAGAUUGAUGCGUAUGUGUAGAGCAAUCUUGGAAUCUACACAUCUUCACGCAGAACUAUAUCUUCAUCAAAUGAUGCCAUCGAUGAUGACAUGUCUACUUGGAAGAAAACUUUGUCAAUCGGCCAAUGAAAAUCAUUGGAAACUUAGAGACUAUGUUGCAGAUAUAUUGGUAUUGGUGUGUAAAAAGUAUGGAGAUUCCUAUGGAUCACUACAAGGUAGAAUUACACGUACCCUUCUUCAAGCUCUUCACGAUACAAGUAAAUCACUACCAACACAUUACGGUGCUAUAGUAGCAUUGUCUGCACUUGAACCAGAAUUAAAUAAUCCAUCAAAUCAAACAAAAUCUUUAGAAGUUGAUCGUGUUGUUAAUGCUUUAAUUAAAUCGAUUGGAAAAUAUUUAUCAUGGUUAUCACAAGGAGAAAAUGUAUUAACAAUAUUGGAUAUAAACAAAGAUACUAUUCCAAAACAAUUUGACAGUAUUUCAAUCACACAAACUUUACAAAAUCAUCACAUCUUUAAAGAAAUAUUUGACAUUUUUGGUGAAAAGAUUUUAGUCUUUAUUAAAGAAAUUUAA